UUGAAAUAUACUAGUAGUAUAGAUUUAAAAUUUAUUAGUUGCACACGAAAUAAUUUAUUGAACAGGAAAAGAAGAAGACUAUAAUAAUGAUAAUAAAAGACUAAAUUUUUUUAAUUUUGUAAUUGUGAGACAAACAGUUACUUCAUUUGAAAAUACCUUGGAUUCAGCUUCAAUGAACUGACAACAGUUGUAAUCAUACUUUCUGAAACGUGAAAAGUAGGAAUCAUUACUCAUAAAUUUUGAAAGCAAAUCUAUACUAAAUAAAAGGCGGAUAUGCUAAGUAACUAGCGUGUCCACGUCAUCCAAAAUAAACAACCAAUAGAAAAGCUUCGUACUGUCGCGUUGGCGAUGACGUGAAACCGAGUUUCAAUCAGUUUGGAUAUGGGCUGGAAUUAAAACAUUUUCCUUUGGGCCUGGUUUGUUAACCGUGAAACCUAAUCAGGUCGGGUUGAUCUCUUCUCUUGCGACUCCUCUUCUUUUGACUUCUCCGUCUUCGAUUCCCUUUCUCUUUCGAUCCGUUUCUGCAAUCAAUCGAAGACUCUUCCACUAUAUGCUUUAAUCAUAGCUUCGUCUCUCUCAUUCAAUGAAGACCUUUCAUCUUACUCUCCAUCAUUUGUUGUAUAAAACUCUUCCCCUAUGUUUCGAUGAUAAUCCUCAAGAUAUAUUUAAAAAUCCACACCGAUGGAAUCCAAAAGCCACCUUUCAGCCUCCAGCAACCGCAUUUCAGACAUGCAAACCGACGUCUCCUCCGCGAUCAAACCGAAAUCAAACUUCCAGAUCGACGGCUCAUCCACACCGAUGGAAUCCAAAGGCCAGGCUCCAACAUCCAUCGAUCGCAUGUCGGCCACGGAGACGGACGGCUACUCAGUUAUCGAACGCAACUCAACCACUCAAACCGACGGUGAAUCCCCGAUUAGGAUGAAACCAAACGGAAAAUCACCUGCCCCCUCCACGAUAGCGCUUAAACAUACCGGGAAGAUCGUCCCCUCCUCCGCGAUGCAGAUGAAAACCGGCGGAAAGGCUGUUGGCUCUUCCGUGAUUGCAACCAAGCCUCAUGGUAAGGCUGCUGUAGUCUCCGGGAACGAUGUCGAAGUUAUGGGCUUUGACGAAGUGACACUUGGCCCACAUGAAGCGGAGUUGCGGUUUCGUCUUAUCCAUUUCUGGGAGGCUCGGAACCCACAUACGAAAACCCUCAUUGGAGAGGAGAUGCUUCUCAUUGAUGAGCAGGGAAAUGUUAUAAAAGGUUUUAUUCCAGCAAGCCGUGUUCAGACAUAUCUGCGAAAGAUGACAUCAGGAACCGUUUACAGGCUAAACAAGUUCUUUGGAUCGAGGAACAAAGCUCAGUAUCGGGUUGCUGAUCACAACGUGACAGUAACGUUUUCAUGGAACACUGAUCUAACUCCUCUUCAGAACAGUCCGGUACUAUUUCCAGAAGAUCGGUUCCGGUUUCAUGACCACGAGGAGUUCGAGGCUAACUGUGAUCUCGGGGGUGAUCUUUAUGAUUAUGUUGGCCACAUGAGGCUGAUCAAUGGGCAAGCUAUGACCGAGCAUCUCAUAAUUGACGAAUCUGACAUAGCAGAAAAGCGGCAUCUGGUGGUCCAUGUUCAGACACAUGGUGGACCAGUGAUGAAGCUAUACCUAUGGGACCAAGCCGCAGCAGCCUUUUGCCAGAAGUUCAGAUCUUAUGGAAGCACUCCACGCGUUCUUUUAGUUACCACAGUGAAUCCUAAACGAAUUGGAGGGACUCUUGCUCUUACUUCUAUGACAUCUUCUAGAGUGUUUAUGGACAUUGAUGUCCAGCCGACCAGGGACUAUCUUAUCUGGUUGGGUUCCAACUCAGGUGUUGCUGAUGAGGUUAUUGCAGAUGUAGUCACUAAGCCUGAGACAGUGACUCUAGGUGAACUCUUCUCCUACAUCAAGCAAGAAACUGCUAAGGUUGCUUGGUUUGAGUGUACAGCCACUAUCGAUGAUGUAUUCCAUGGUUACCCAUGGUAUUAUCUUUCUUGUGGUGGGUGUAACACAAAGGCAACCAAAGGGCCUACCUCGCUGGUUUGUCCGAACGAGAAGUGUGCCAAAUCUGAGGUCGUGGGAGUUCCACAGUACUUAACAAAGAUCUCUGUUUAUGACAAGAGUGAGCAGGCGGUGUUUGUCCUUCUUGGUGAUGCUGGUCGUGAAUUGACUGGCAAGCAUGCUUCAGAGUUAGUUGCAAGAUACUUUGAGGUAAUUUCAAACAUUUUUAUCCACCAGCUCAGUCUAUGUUCUCACACGAGUGCUUUACUUGAAUGUCAGUUUAACGAGGACGUGGGAGCUGAUCAAACUGUCCCGGUUCCACAAACUCUCAUAGAUACCAUUGGUCAGACACACAAGUUUGUUGUCAAAGUCUCUAAGCAUAACCUCACUGGCAAGACUCAAACCAUCACUGUCACAAAGGUACUCCCAGAACCAGCUCCACAAAACGCCAUUGAAGAUCCAGCAGAUGAGAGGAUUAGAAAGGCUUCUGGCAGUCUUGAAUCACAGGAAGCUAAGCGUGCUAAGAGUGGAUAAUAUAUCUUAAGUCAUUGCCUGCUUCAUAGUUUUCAUUUCAGACUUUGCCUUCUUUAAAUUUUAUGUUUCAGACUAUACUCCUUAUUACGGUAGAUUCUCCAUUUUUGAUGUUUGGAUGCAAUCAAAUAUAGUUUUGAGAUUUCCGUUUGGGUGCAAAUGAGUUUUUUUUUAUAAAAAAAAUAUGAUCUAAAAUUCGUAUAGUACUCUUUGAUCAAUAUAAUAAUUCCUUUUUAGGUUCAGAAAAUGUGUUAAACUCACGUGGAACACAAAUUUUUAGUUUUGAUAUUUUAGAAAACUAAAAAAAAAAAUUUUUUUGUUACAUAACAAAAUGCAAAAAAAA